UUCAAACAAUUAAAGGGGUGAAACUGUAGUUCAAAAAACUUGAAGAUCAUAUAGAUAACAAGAAUCACAUCCUCUUAUCCAAACAAGCUCUUGUAUAAAACAAGAUAAUGGCUUUGAACAUACCUUGCUAUGCUUCAUUUGGCACUAAAUUGCAAGAUCAGGUCAAUUACAGCAAGUUCAAUGGUGUUGAAAAAGUGAAAAGCAUCAUCAAGAAGACAGUGAUUCCUUCUAUAAAUAGUAAUCCUGUUGAAUCUCUUCAAAAGGGAAAUUGGGUCAAGCUCAUUUGUGGUGCUAGCUUUGAGGAUUUGGUCGAUAUCAGGAACCUUUCUCUGGUUUAUACUCUUGCUGGAGUUGAUUGCAUUGACUGUGCUGCUGAGACGUCGGUAGUGAAUGCUGUAAAUGAAGGGAUAGAAGCAGCCAGAGCCCUCGUGCACAUUCGAAGGCCUUGGGUAAUGAUCAGCGUUAAUGAUGAUGAAGAUCUUCAUUUUCGUAAAGCUGAAUUUGAUCCGGAUGAUUGCCCCCACGAUUGCAUGCGGCCUUGUGAGAAAGUCUGUCCUGCUAAUGCAAUAUUGCAAAAGCAGGGCGGAGUUUUGGCUGAGCGCUGUUAUGGUUGUGGUCGUUGCCUUCCCGUUUGUCCAUAUGACAAAAUAAGAGCUAUUACAUAUGUGAGAGAUGUUACUGCUACAGCUGAACUUCUUGAAAGGGACGAUGUUGAUGCCUUAGAAAUUCACACCAGUGGAAGGGAGCCUGCAGUAUUUAAAGAACUUUGGACUGGGUUGGGGAACUCAACUGCAAAUCUGAAGCUUGUGGCAGUUAGCUUUCCAGACUUGAGAGAUUCAACCAUACUUGCAAUGAAAGCUAUGUACUCCAUAAUGGAAGCCGACAUACAAUGCUUCAACUUAUGGCAGUUGGAUGGUCGACCAAUGAGUGGAGAUAUUGGGCGAGGUGCCACGAGAGAUGCAAUUGCUUUUGCACGAAAAUUGGCCUCUGCUGGAGACAAGCCUAAAGGUUUCCUUCAGCUGGCUGGUGGUACAAAUGCUCACACAGUAGAGGGGUUGAAAAAAGAGAGAUUAUUCCAAACAAUGACCAUACAUGAGGCUUCGAGAUAUGAGACAAUUCCGAACACCUUAUAUUCACCAAAUGCUUUGAUCGCUGGUGUGGCUUUUGGUGGCUAUGCACGAAAGAUAGUCGGUAGGGUUUUGAGUUCUGUGCAAAGUCAUCACGGACUUGCUCGUGUCGAAGAUUUCCCCGAGCAACUGCUGCAGGCUAUUAUUGAAUCAAUUGCUCUGGUUGGAACUGUUAAAUGUUACAACCGCCAGAAGCAGAGCACUUAGAUUGCAUCUGAGGUUGAUACACCAGCAGGAGUUUAGAAUUAUGAGGUCUCGGGACGGCCUGUCCAAGGAUUGAUGAUGGUCGUUGGUAGAAUAAGUAUCAAGUACAAAGGUCAAAAUCAGAGAUAACGGUUUUAUAGCUCAUACAGAAUGUAGAUAUACAUAAUACAUCAUUGCAGAUUCGCAGGAGAAGGCUUCAAAAUUUUGAUUUAACGGAAAUUCUUGACGCAAAGGCGGCAAAUAAAUCUGUAUAGCACACAGAUUGCGUGGACUCUAGCCUACAAUGUGUGAGUUAACGAAUUGCAGUUCUAGUGAAGCCGAAGUCACAAUUUGGUGAUUAACUCAUGACCUUGUUAAAUACAGUUGAAGUCAUCUAUCGGCUGAGAUGUGAGAAUUGUAGUAGUUAUUCCAAGAAAGGUUGGGCGUUUGGAAAUGAGAGAGCUGGAAGAGGGUGCUAUUGGAAUAAAUCGGGCCCCACAGGCUACGACUGAUGUCAAGUUCGAUCAUUUGGCCGGACAUCUCAUCACAGGUUACUCCAUCCCAUAAGCAACAAUCUCUGCUGAUAUUCCAUGAAAUUGUUUUUGGAUAAGAUCUUUUACCAUAGUAAUCACAGAUGCUAGAUGAUCAUACUCUAUUUGGACAAAAAAUUCUGAUGAAAGCAUUCCCUUCUAAAAUUCAAGAUAACGCCUACUGUAGGUCCUUCAUCUAGUAUUUGUGAUUACUACCGUCAGAAAUCUUAUCCAAAGACAAUUCACGGAAUAUGAGCAAAGAUUCUUGUUUAUGGGAUGGACUGAAAUGUGAUAAGAUGUGGGGGCAUGUGAUUGAACGUGACCUCAGUUGCAGGGACGAUUGAUUCCAAUAACACCCUCUUCCAGCAUUUAGUAAACUCGUUCUCACAUUUGUAACUCAGUAUUUAAGCCCCUGUACGAACUCUAGAAUUGUAUUACAUGUGCAGAAUGAUGUACUAAUAUCCUAUCUCGGGUGCAGAAGAACCACAAAACUGUAGGGUUAUAUAGUACUAAGAUUACUUGACAUCCAAAGGUAUUCAUGAUAAUCGUGGUUAUUUCAUAUUGAGAUUAGAUUUUUUCA